AUGAUUCAGAGACAAGAGGUGGUACGCUCCGUCCUGGGGGAGUUGCAGGACGCAACAGAGUGUGUGGGUCUGGGCCCGCUAGUAAAGGUGGCCCUGGAAGUGGAGCAGGCCUUAGCCACUUUUCAUCUCCCUACUUCCAUCUGUGAGGAGUUCCAAACCAAAGUGGAAGUCGACCACGUAGCCCGUUGUCUCUACCCCGAGGAUGCACCAGGUGACCUCCUCCCCCUGGCUUGCAAAGGGGAGGGAAACCUUCUGUUUGAUGCUGCUAGUAUGCUGCUUGUGGGGAGCACAGAGCUCAGCCUGGAGCUCCAGGUCAGGACUGUUGUGGAGAUGCUGCUGUGGAAGAGGUACUACUUGAACGGGAUGAUUGACUCCAAAGUGAUGCUCCAGGCAGCCCGGUUCUCACUCUGCACCGAGGAGUCAGCUGACAUGCUCAACCUGCCCAUGGCUGUGCUGGAGGCCAUUUUUGAUGCAGAUGUCAAAGCCUCCUGUUUCCCAGGCUCCUAUGCCAACAUGUGGCAUGUCUAUGCUCUGGCCUCUGUCCUUCAGUGCAACAUCUACUCCAUCUAUCCCAUGUACAACCUGAAGAUCCGGCCAUACUUCAAUCGCCUGAUCCGCCCAAGGACCUGGCCACGUGACUCCAAGCCAAUGACACUCCACAUCAUGUGGUCAGGUGAGCUGGAGUCUAAGUCUGUCUUUAAGCCCCACCACUUUGUUGCUUUGGUCCAAGCCUAUGACCUUCCCAUGGACAGUCCUGACAGUGAGCAGCAAGUUCUUCCAUUAAAAACACUUCAGCUGUUGAACCAAGACCCUCAGCUCUGUUACUCCAGUCUCAAAGACAAGUACAACAUCACAAAAAGCACCUUCUACCGAUGGAGACGGCAAACCCAGGAGCACCGGAAGAAGGCUGCUGCCAGGUACGAGGCCAAACAUUUCCUACAGGCUUGCUACACUGGAGGAAAACUCCUACCCCUCCAUCAGUUCAAGGAGUUCUUCCCUGAAAUUUCUCGCUCAACAUACUAUGCCUGGAAGCAUGAGCUGCAAGCCUCUGGUGGUAAUUUAACAGUGGUGUCCAAUGGAGAUGAAGCAGGAUCCAGGGAGAGCUUUGAGCAGGACACAUGGUUGUCACCUGAGGGUGAACUCCAGCAUCAAUAUGAUAGUGUUCCUAGCUUCCUUGUCCCCACUAAUGAGAAGCUGGGUGUAGAUCGAGCCCAGAAUUUUGCUUUCAUGCAAGAGGCGAAGAAGUGUUUACAGAGUUGUAUUGCAGCAAACACCUCCUUCCCAUAUAGAAACUUCAAGAAAAGUUUUCCUGGUAUCUCAAGGUCAACUUAUUACAACUGGAGAAGAGAGGCUAUGGUGGCUAACCCAGGUUAUAAAGAUUCAUUUGGGAGCAGUGAAGAUAGCUCAGAUGCUGACAAGAUUUUGAGUCCCACUGGAGUCUCACCCCCUGUGCAGCCAGAAGCUCAUUGGGCAGCACCCAGGGUAAAGGUUUGUAGGCAGAACCACAAAGCAUUCCGCCUCUCCUUCCUUCACAAGAAAAAACUGAGAGACGAGGCUAAGAAAAUGGUUCAAAAGUCCAAAAUAUCCCUCUCCAAAUUCAAACUACGAUAUCCCUGCCUGUCUUCUUGUUCCUAUUGGUUUUGGAAGAAGGGUCUCAACCGAAAGCAAGAGCAGAAGAGGAAGGUGGUUGCAGAAACAGAAUGGCCCAAGGUGUCAGAAAGUCCAAAGGAGUGCAUGGUGGGAAGGAUGGACCAGGAUGCACUUCCUUUUCAGGAGAACAUGAAAGACUUGAGUGAUCAGACCUUGAGUCCCUAUAACAUCACCCUCUCUGGGUACACAGUCCCUGAGAAGCAUAUGCAUGAGCAAGUGUUUGUCAUGGAUGUUGUGGCCCUAGCCAACUUCAAGGCCAAAGCUAAGCUAUUCCUCCAGCAACGUUUUGAAGAAAAGUCCUUUCCCACCUUCAAAGAGUUCAGGUCUUACUUUCCACUCACCCCCCGGUCCACCUACUACAUGUGGAAGAGGGCCUUGCAUCAUGGGCUACCAUUAGUUCAUGGCUGA